AUGAACCCAUCUGGACUUGGUGCUUACUGUUUAGAAGGAGUGUGGUUCACUUCGACUGGAGCAGUAACUGUUGAUCAGCCAUCUCCAGGGGACUGUGGGUCUGAAGCAGUGGCAGGAAAAAUCUGGCCCUUGGACCUGGGCGAGGUGGAAGCUCUGGAGGAGGUGGACACGCUGGAGCCGGAGGUGGAUUUGGAGCAGUUCCUGCUCCCGGGUAUCAACCAGAUGCUGGAGGACAUCACGGAGCUCACCCGAAAAGCCGGGAGCAUGUGUCUGAGGACCAGGGGCAAACUGUGGGAGAUGGACCUUCUGCUCAUCCGGAUAAAAACACAGGUGGAGGCCUCGGAGGACGGCGCCUUGAAUGGACGUCCCAGUGGGGAGGCUGACAACAGAGUAUCAGAAUUGUGCGAGAAGGCCAAGGAGAUUGAAAAGGUGGCAGAGAUGUUGGUCGAGCUGGUCUGGCGGAUGGAGAAAAGUGAAGCGUCCUGA